UAGAUAGACAUAGUUCUUACUUCAAAGACGAGACAGUUUUUAUGACUAUUUGUGUCAAUGAAAAGUGUUAUGGAAUACAAAUUAGUUUUGAAAAAAAGAAAUAUUAUAUUGUUUUAACUUCUACAAAUAACGAAGAAAUCCAUUUUUUCUAGGAAUCCAGGAUAGUUUUUAUUAAGUCGAACCAACAUGGAUCCAAAUGUUCGAGCUACUUUGUUGGAGAUGAAUCGCAAACGAGGAAAAUUCCGGACGGAGGCUUUGAAGCGAUCACAUGAAAAAGUGAAAAAAGAACUGACCGGAAAGUUGAAGUUGAAAAAAGUUUGGAAAACAAUUAACUCAGUAGUGCCGAACCCGAGUUGUUCUAUGCAAUGUACCAGCUCAUUUUUACACGAACUGUUCCCAUUCUGGGGCAUUAUGAGGAAAUACAGUAUACGGAGGUUUUUAUUGUCUGACUUUCUGGCCGGUCUGACCGUGGCCAUCGUCCAUAUACCACAGGGAAUGGCAUACGGACUGCUUGCAGAGUUACCUCCCGUUUAUGGACUUUACAGCUCUUUCCUUCCAGUCCUGACAUAUUUCUUCUUCGGCUCUUCUAAACAUAUAUCUAUGGGAACAUUUGCGGUGACAAGUUUGAUGAUCGGUUCAGUGGUCCAGGAGGGUAUCGAGCGGUACGAAGCUAUGCAUGCCGGUGCUGUCGCGGCUAACUCCUCGGCGGGCGAAGUGUGGGACGUCAUUAACGUUACACAAACGACGAUCUACAGUACGAACGCCUCCGGGGAUAGCGUCAGGAUACCUCAGGAUUCUGGCGGGAAUGCGGAAGCAGGCGCCUUCUCCGAACUAGACCAAAUGAAAAUAGCAUAUGCAAUGUCGGCUACCUUUGUCGUUGGCGUUUUUCAGCUGCUGAUGGGCGUGUUCCGUCUGGGAUUUCUAGCCUCGUUCCUGUCCGACCCGCUGAUAAGUGGAUUCACCACGGGUGCUGCAGUGCAUGUAUUUUCCAGUCAGGUGCAUCACCUCUUCGGGGUCUAUGUUCAUCCCUACCACGGUCCAUUGCGUCUCAUAUACUUUUACAGAGAUUUUUUCAACAAUAUCCACACCAUAAACCCGGUAACAGCCACAGCCUCUGUGACCUGUAUCUUCAUCCUCAUACUCAUUAAGGAGGGGGUGAACUACAACCCGUCCUGUCAACGCGACCUACCAGCACCCAUACCCAUAGAGCUUAUUGUGGUCAUUGCCGCUACUGUGAUAUCGUACUAUACGAAAAUAAACGAGGAGUUCCAAGUAGACGUGGUCGGCAUGAUUCCAAGAGGCCUGCCCCCGGCCAGCAUCCACAAUCUGCGGUUCGUGGGGGAGACAUUCGCAGACGGUCUUAUAAUGGGCUUCGUGGCCUUCACCAUCUCCUAUGCCAUGGCCAAAAUACUGGCUGAGAAACACGACUAUCCCGUAAACACAAACCAGGAACUUGUUGCUAACGGGAUGUGUAACUUUCUUGGCUCGUUCUUCUCGUGCUUCUGUUCGGCCGCCUCUCUGUCCAGGAGUCUUGUACAGGACAAUGCUGGGGGCUGUACCCAGAUGGUGGGAAUAUUUUCGUCCUUCGUUCUUCUCAUCGUGUUGCUAUAUAUUGGACCUAUGUUUUCGUCGCUUCCGAACUGCAUCCUGGCCUGUAUUGUCAUCGUCACAUUGAAAGGCAUGUUUAAACAGUUCAACCAGAUGCGAGUCCUCUGGAGGCUGUGCAGGCGAGACUUUGCUGUUUGGUUCGUGACGUUUGUCGCCACCGUGGUUCUAGAUGUUGCCCUUGGUCUGCUUGUUGGUGUCAUAUUUGCACUGUACUUCAUAGUGAGGAAUUCACAAAAGCCGCAUGCCUGUAUACUCGGGAGAGUUCCUGGAACAUCGACGUACAAGGACAUGAAACGAAACCGACAAGUAUAUGAGUUACCAGGAAUAAAGAUAUUUCGGUUCGAGUCCUCCUUGUACUUUGCUAAUGCGGAACAGUUCCGGGAUCGCCUUUAUGAGAGAACAGGACUUAAUCCCAGGAAACUCAAAGGAAAGAAGCAAAGAGCAUUGUACAAAGCUCUACUACAGAGGAAGAGGGAACAGGAGUUAGCGGAAGUAGAGGAACGACACAUUAAGUCAAAGUCCAAAAAGGAUAAGAAGGAGCUCGAGCGUCAGAAGAACGCCAUAGAGAUAGAAAUAGAAGAUGAGAUACCAGAGGAGUUAACUGACGAACAUAAAAACUUGCUGAUAGAACAGAAGAAUGAAAUCGUGGACCUAUUUUCUAAGGCGUGGAUACCUCCUAUACACACCCUCGUUAUAGACUGUUCCGUCAUAGAUUACGUGGAUACAAGUGCUGUCAAAAUCCUAGCCCAGAUAGUCAACGAGUACAAAGAUGUGGGAAUAAAAGUGUUUCUAGCAGGUUUGAGAGAGGACGGACGGAACAUCCUAAAGAAGGCCGACUUUUACCACGAAGUCGAGUACAACUGUCUGUAUUACACUGUACACGAGGCUGUAGUCAUAUCACAGGAAAUCCAUGCACAUCUUGUAACGUCAGAUCCCAAGUAUCUUCAGAUGGUAAAGCGAGAGUUCGGAGACACCUCUUCCUUUACUAAUCUAACAACAGUGGGAGAGUCUUCCGAGGAAGUGGACAUGACUACUCAGGUGUAAAUCUCAGCCUUGGUGAACUAAUGCUGGUUGUAUGAACUCCUACAGAGUUACAACAAUGGAUACUUUUGUGUAAACAAUAAACAAUGUGUCCGGUAAUAAGCCCAUUCGUGAAUAUUCCAUGUUCAAUGUAUGAUGUUGUCCCUGUGAAACAACUACCGAGACUCUGGCGAAUUAGCAUUGACUGAAGAGGGGGAGUAAGAUAGACAACUCCUUGAUGUUUAUAACGAAUAUGGUAAACUUCUACCUGCAUCCUUGAAGCGAUCAAUAUGUUCGUCAUUUUAUAAUGUUGCAGACGGACCUUUGAACCAUGUGCCUUGAUAAAAUUAACCAUUUGCUUAAGGAAAGUGAAGUGUGUAAAGGAAAAUCUGUUUUAUGCGUAAUUUCAUGUGUUAUAUAUAAGCAUUCAUGAAGGACACGUUCGUCAUAAAAUGGGUUACAUCGAACUCACUAUAUAAUGAAAUACAUUCGUUACCCUGUUAUGCAAUUGUCCCUGUGUCCAGUAUCACUAUACAUGUAAUGUCCGGUGGGAAAUAAAACACCACUCCAUGUGUUAAACAUGAGUAUAGUGUUCACUAUUAAACAGAUCAUGAAUUAUUCAUCUAUCUUUAUCAGAUGUAUAUAAAAUAAUUUUGGUACAUAAUUAUGUAGGUGUUAAUGUUAAAUACAUAAUCUGCUCAACUGUUAAAACCGUUAACCUACGAUUACUAGAAUAUUUGAUUACUUCAGACUGAGAAGCGUUAAAUGUACAUUUAGCGAGAUGUGCUAUUUUUUUUCAUUUGAAUUGUUGAUACCAUGACACGACAGUAAGGGAAUACAUGUAGAGUUUGUGCAGGUUUUUAAUUGUGAUUUAUAAAUAUACACUUUUUGCAAUAGCUGUGUUCACUUCAUGUUCACAUCGAUGUUAUCCUGAAUCUAUGCACAAUAUCAUUUUGUACAGUUUGAUUAAACAACACUAUCUACGAGA